CCAACUAGUCCUCUUAUCCGAGGAGAGCGGGACUCACACGCUCAGAGACGCGCUGACAGACAGACCUGCGAGCUGACUUCCAGCGCAUUCACAGCUUCACUGAACUUGGUUCAUGCUGCCGCUUCUCUGACAGAAGAAAAGAAGACGCACACACACACACAGGCACACACGCACUGAUCUCUGUGGGAGAGCUCAGAUAAAGACGUGCCUUCAGUCUUGGAGUGGCGCUGUCACACACUGAUUUACAAAUACAAUUUUAGACAAAUACACACACACAGCCAGGAAAGCCACCACACUCCACACACACACAUUCCCAAAAAUUGACACACUCUUCUCGCAGACACACACUCACACAGGGGAGCAAACAGUCUCUCUCUCUCUCUCUCUCUCUCUUGCUCUCUCUCUCUCUCUCUCUUGCUCGCUCAGCUGCUCUCCCUCUCCCUCCCCCUCCCAUCCACACACACACACACACACACACACUCUCACACACACGCACACACACACACACACAUACACACACACACAUACACGCACACCACUACAGUAUAUCAGCGAGUGACUAGCAGAAAGCCAGAGGGGAGUGCAGAAAUGAAUGUGAAGAUCCUGACGCUGGUGAUUGUGCUCUUGGUGUCUCUGCUGUGUUCUGCCAGUGCUGGUCCCAUGGCCUCCACAGAGCACGGCAAAGGACUGGAAGAGGCAGCUACAGUGAGAAAAAUGGUCCAACAAAAUCCUGCGAGAGGCGGCCAAGCCCAAAGACCAGGCUGGAAGAGAAGGCGCCCACGGCCCCGUCUUUCCCACAAGGGGCCCAUGCCAUUCUAGAGCAAGGCAUUGCUUUGAGCGCCCUCCCCUAGGUUCUGAUUUCUAUGCUCUUCCUUUGCCUUGGGGGGCCUUGCAAUGAAGGGCCUACGCUUGCCCAGCCUGAAGAGUGAUGUCCAUAGCACCUGCUGGUUCUUCAAGCAACUCUGUCCACAAAAAAUCCAGGACAAGCCGCUCACCCUCAGCUCUAGGAAGAAUAAGGGGCAGGGAAAGGGGUGGGAGGGGGUAUUUAGCCCGAGCUACCAGACUCUAUUUCUCUGUCUCUCUCUUUCUUGUACUCCCUCACUCCUUAUCUAUCUCUGUCAUCUCCCAAGCGAUUUUUCUUUUCCGUUUUCCUAAUUUUUGUUUAUGAGCCCAAUCAUAGCGAUCUCCCUGAGUGUCUCACACACUUUGCAUGACAUGUGGUGGAGAGGGAGCCCGGUCAAAACAAUCUGAGUCUUUUAAAGCAUCUGUCACCUCUCCAGGACGUGGUAUUUGCAUGUCUCAGAUUCAAGGUUACAGCAGCUGCUGAUUUCUUUGCUGUGUAGCUUCUUAACAGCUUUACUAGAGGGUGAGGAUCAUGGAGAAGGGCAGUGUCAUUUUUUUUUUCUUAAAGAGUUGACAUAAGCAAAUUUCACUCAUGAUACUCUGGGUGUCUGCUGGGAAAAGGAACAGAAGGAUUAGUGUUUAAAACAGACAUUAUAGUCUUCACUUAAUCGUCAUUAUUAAUGGUGCUUUGUACCUCUUAAUGUUAGUACAUGAAGUAAAGCUGGACCGAAAAAGAGCACAUGUUGUCAAAAAAAUUUAGUUAAGCGACAGUUAUUCCCUAAUCUAGGAGAUUUUUCAGUCCAAAGGUAUUUUGGUGUUUCUGAACUCUCGAGGAAGGGGCUCUACUGAUGUGCUUAAUGUUACUGUCACAUGUCUCGCCUCCAAUGAGUCCUGGGACCCCAAAGCCCAGUCCUGUCCCCGGUCCCCAGUCCCCAGCCUUCUCACCACAUCGCUGCCCUGUGCAGCAGCUCUAUACACGACUGUUAACUGGCAGUGGCAGUCUGCCCCUCCGACAGACCGCCUUGCCUUUUAAUGAAGUGCCAAAUAAUAACGUUCCCCACAAUGCUGCCAGGAACUGAGGAAUGAAAGGUUCGGGAGAAAUGAGAAACACAUUACCUCUUGUUUGAAGUCUUGAUACACUGAUGGAUUAUGCAUUUUAAAUUUCUGCAAACAGAUAACCUAUUUUAGCAAGAUGUUAGCAAGGAGGAAAAGUUGAAUCAGAUUUAGAAAAAAAAAAAAAAAAAAAACAGACAAAAAAAAAACAGGAGCCAUUUCAAAGCAAACAUCAGCUGAGUUGAUAUUCCACCAUGAUCAGCCUACCACUAGUGCUCUGGCUGUUUUAAUAUUCAGCAUAUGGCUGGUCUGACCCUUUGACCGAUCUUUCACUGACAAAAUGCUAUGCCUUUCCAUCAUACUGGAAUUUAUUACUGUUUAUGUUUUAUUUCUGUGUUAUAGAUUUAUUUCCUUUUUUUCUCAGGGUGCUGUCAUAGAGGCUUGUAAUAGAGCAGGCUAUUUUGUGCAUUUAUUCAACAAAAAUUCAAACAUACAGUACAUUUAAAACUUAUAUGAGCAUAUUUUCGUAUAAUGUAUCUUUAACCUCCCUCUAUUUAUAUGCCAGUAUAGCCAUGAUUUCUUCCAGAUUCGCUCAUUUCUACUCACCGUCUCCCUACAUCACGUUGGGGUACAGUUGCCUUUCGGGUCUGCCCCUCCACAGCACAGGUGGUCGGGGCUUUGAUCACUACGCUCAUUAAAUCCUAGAGUUAAUCUUUCUCAGAUGGAUCUCCCAAAGGUUGGCCAGGGCCACUUAGUCCCACUUAGUCUGAGCUCAUUGUUAAAUUGACUUAGACUGAAACCACACCCUUCCCCCUUUUCAAUCUACAAACCCCUGCUGAUUCAAUGUGUAAGCAUGUAACAUAUUAGGACUGUGACCACCUUGUAUAUUAGGUGUGCAGAACAGCUUCCUAAUUGUGUUUUUUUUUCAUACAAAUCUUAGGAAAGAAAUAUAUAAAUAAGUAAAUGGCUUUGAUCUUUAAUCUGCAGUCUGAUCAGCAAACUCCCUUAGUUCAUAUCAGUUUUGACCAAAUACACAUCCGAUAACUGGUUAACCUAGAUUUCCGACAGUUUUUUUUUUUUUCCCCUCUCACCAUGUCUCAUGCAAAUAUUAUAAUAAAAUGCAGAGUCUUCUCAAUCCCAGCAUGAGAAGCUUUUAUUAAGAGAGUAUCUAGAAUCACAGUGGUAAUCCACCCAGCCAAGCUCACCUUGAUUAAAAAUGUAUUAGAUCCUAGGGCACUGUGAAGUGUAAUAAUUUCAGUUCCUCGAUUAUUUUUUCAUACCCUCACAGACAGAGAUGUAGAUUUCAUUAAUGCUCCUCGGGAGUGAGACAGCUUUGCUCAGGAUGUCUCAUGUAUUAUUGGGGAAAACAGUAGAAAGAUAUGAGCUGGGGAUGAAAGUUCAAAGCCGCAGGAGUUGGGAUCCUGGAAGUAAGACUGGGUCAUGAUAAGGGGUUCAAAUGAAUAUUUCCCCCAUCUCAGAAGUUAUUGUUAUGGAGCCGAGCGACGUCUGUAUCCGCACUGUUCUUCAUGAAUGUAUCCUCACCAUCUGCACCAGCCAUGCUGCCCUUUCAGAGACCAGAGCACACCAAUGUUUAAGCGAAGAACCUUUCUUAAUCUUGGCCUGGUUAUCGGUUGAAUCCAAAAAAAAAAAAAAGAUCAAAAGCCAAAUAUUCAAUGGAAAUCCAAAGCUUCUGGUGUCAACUAGUCCCAACAAAUAGACGUGGCUUUGCUCCAAGACUUCUCUGCAUGGGUUUGCAAGGCUGCACUUUUUUGCAAUUUCCAUAUGCUGCUGGAAAAAUACACCCUGAAAACAAGAGUCUCUUGAUAUGGAAUGGUUUUCCAGUGUAAUUGUGACAAUUUUCUGUCUGAUUCUUGUCUAGCUGGUUGUCCAAAGCUUACUUUUUGAAUACAGUGUGAAAAGCUGUAUCUUUUGUGGAUGUAACAAAAUAGAAAAGUAGUCUACAGCACAUUAUGUCGUGGACACGUGAAAGCUUUCAGGCAUUCUUUUCUGGUAGAUCUUAGCUCACAGCCCUCCCCUGCACAUCAGGUUAAUGGGCCUGGUGGUGUGGAAGGACAAGCACGUCCAGGCUCGUAUUGAAAUGGUAAACCAAUACAAUAUGCUCGGGGAGCAGAACCAUUUUCCUUAAUGGUGUUUUCCAGCAAGGCUUACACAAGAGAAACAAUUCCUAUCCUCUCAAUGUUUCCUCUCUGAUUCCUCUUCUCUGUGACCAUCACAAGGCCUGAGUAAUGUUCCUAUGCACUUGUUAGCAUGUUUUCCUGGUAGAAAAAUGUUUGUUCUGAGAACCCCCUGCCCCACCCCACCCCCCAGUGUAUUUAAUGAUUUUGUCCAAAUGAAUUUGGCAGGGAAUUGUUAGACUAAAUGAUGAGAAGAGAGGUAGAUAUGUGUUACUGGUGGAGUUGAAAGUAAAUGAAAGUAAACUAGAAGCAGAUUCUAAAAUAUUAGUUUAGCCAUCCAUCUCCAUUUCUUUAUAGUUAUGGAUACAACAUCCCCAUACAAAAUAAUCAUCUUAAAAAACAAGGUUUUUUUUCUCUCUUUUAAUCAUAUCAUCACUCUGCUCUGAGUUCUCUUUCUCAUAAAAUUCCUUUUAUAUUUACCAAACAUUUUAUUGAUUACAGUAAUGGAAGCAGAAUUGGCACACAACACAUUCCACGAUUUUACCUUGUGAAUCUCGAAGCCCAUCAAACUGCAUCAUGUUGGCCCUCGGAGUGUGUGUCUGCAGGAUCGAGUGGCUGAUAUUCAAUCCGAUGCAUACACACUUUUCCGCUGGCUGGGCAAUCCAAAAGAUAACUAGAUUCCGACUCCCGUGAGAAACGACUAUGAUCUGUCAUUAUCCUGGAGCCUCAAAAUGAGACUUCCUACACCCAGAAUAGCACAGGCCCCUCCUGCCUUUAUUGCGACACAUCCUCCAUUAAUGUAACCGCAGUGUCCAAGAGCAGUCACGUUCAGAACAAUCGUUGGAGAAAUGCAGCCUGUGGGCUCACACGCCAUCAAAACAGUGUUACUCAAGCAGAUACCAUUUGAAAGACAGUGUAUUACUCCUAAAAACUUAUAUUCUGUUUAUGGUGUGUGCUCAUAUUACUCACCAGGCCAAAUGUACAGUCCCUGUCUCUGUUUUGAUGUUGAACUGGGCAAAAAUAAAUGACAUGAAUAAAUAAAUAAAACAAGUGUAUCAGAAAUGGUUGAAAUACUGUGUACAUAUUUGAACUUUUGGUUUCUAAUUUAUAAAAGAUAAGCUUUAGCUCUUGGAGUACUUAUUUUACUUUUUCCUUUCAUGCGUAGCUUUGUGUUUUUAUUUUCUAUUUCUGUAAAGUGUGUAAAUAUAUCUUUAUGAUAAUAAGUAAUAUUAAAAAUCUUAUUUUAAGAAAAUAA